AUUUAUCUCUUCAUCUUUCAUCUUUCGCCUUCCCUUUACCCUUAAAUUUAUAUUAUUUUGGAGGUGGUAGAACAAGUACAAUGCCUCCUUUAGUAGCUAACGAUUGUAAGGCCUUUGAGAAUGCUUCGACUAAUGUUGCUGCGGCGCAAAUGCGCAACUCUUUAACCGAGCUUGCGGAGACUGUCAAGGAUCCGGAGCAGAAGAAGUUGUUCGAAACUGAAAUGGACAACUUCUUCACCCUCUUCCGCCGAUACCUGAAUGACAAAGCUAAGGGCAAUGCUGUUGAUUGGGACCGUAUUGCCCCUCCCGCGCAGGGUCAGGUCGUCGACUACGAAGACCUAGCAAAUUCCGAGUCCGUAGGAUUCCUCAACAAGCUCGCCGUCCUGAAGUUGAACGGUGGUUUGGGUACAUCUAUGGGUUGCGUCGGUCCUAAGUCCGUUAUCGAAGUUCGCGAUGGCAUGUCUUUCCUUGAUAUGUCCGUACGACAAGUCGAGUACUUGAACCGAACGUACAACACCAAUGUUCCCUUCAUCCUAAUGAACUCGUUUAACACCCACGACGAUACUGCCGCCAUCAUUAAGAAGUAUGAGGGACACAAUGUCGACAUCCUUACCUUCAACCAAUCGAGAUUCCCUAGGAUCUACAAGGACUCGCUAUUGCCAGUUCCCAAGAGCAUCGACUCACCGAUCAACGAGUGGUAUCCCCCCGGACACGGUGACGUGUUUGAGUCUCUAUACAACUCCGGCCUCCUUGAUAAGCUCAUCGACCGCGGUAUCGAGAUUAUCUUCCUAUCGAACGUCGACAACCUAGGCGCUGUGGUGGACCUACGUAUCCUACAACAUAUGGUCGAGACAAAUUCUGAAUACAUCAUGGAGUUGACUAACAAGACCAAGGCUGACGUCAAGGGUGGUACCAUCAUCGACUACGAGGGAUCUGUCCGCCUACUAGAAAUUGCCCAGGUCCCCAAGGAACACACCAACGAGUUCAAGUCGAUUAAGAAGUUCAAGUACUUCAACACCAACAACAUCUGGAUGAACACCAAGGCCAUCAAGCGCGUUGUUGAGAACAACGAGCUCGAGAUGGAGAUCAUCCCGAACGGUAAGACCAUCGCUGGCGACAAGAAGGGCGAGUCAGACAUUUCUAUUCUCCAGCUCGAGACUGCAGUUGGUGCUGCCAUUCGCCACUUCAAGAACGCCCACGGUGUUAAUGUCCCACGUCGCCGAUUCUUGCCGGUUAAGACCUGCUCAGAUUUGAUGUUGGUCAAAUCUGACCUGUACACUGUGAAGCACGGCCAAUUACAACUGAACCCGAGCCGAUUUGGUGGCGCGCCGCUUAUUAAGCUUGGCAGCGACUUCAAGAAGGUAUCGGACUUCCAGAAGCGUAUCCCGUCAAUCCCCAAGAUCAUCGAACUGGACCACCUAACGAUCACUGGUAAUGUCAAUCUGCAUCGCGGAGUGGAACUAAAGGGAACCGUCAUUAUCGUCGCGACAGAAGGCUCGACGAUCGACAUCCCACCCGGAUCGAUCUUGGAGAACGUGGUUGUCGAGGGUAGCUUGCGUCUGUUGGAGCAUUAAUCUCCGAUAUUCUCUCACUCUUAUCGUUGUUGCAGUACUCCCGUACAUUCUGUUCAGCGUU